AUGUCUUCGCACCGGCACAGGCUGGUCCCUUUCACUCACGAGCAGUACCCAUUGGGCUCCUUGCGGCCGCUUGGAUGGAUUGAGCGCGAGAUCCAGCUGAGUGCGAAAGGACUAGGCGGCCAUCUGUUCUCUUUCUAUCGCUUCGUGCAUCGAAGCACGUGGCUUGGCGGCGAUUGGGAAUACACAGCACUCAAUGAGGCCGCGCCUUAUUGGUACAAUUACAUCGUGCCCUUGGCCUACAACAUCGAUGAGACAUCAUCUGCCAAGCUUCGAACCCGAAUAAUGGAUCAGGCCAAUCACUUCCUCCACUAUACACUGGAACAUCAGGCUCAAGAUGGUUGGCUCGGGCCUGAAACUACGAAGCAGACUCGUGGAAUAUGGGCUCGAUGUCUCCUCCUCCAAGGACUGAUUAAUCACGCUCUCGCGGAUGCUUCUCAGCAUGAGAGAAUCAUGGCGGCAAUACUUCGAUUCGUGAGACUGGUCCAUUCUAUGCUAUCGGAUAAGCUCGCCGGAUACCUGCCAGGCGAUGACGAUGUCUUCGAUCCGCAGUGGUUCGGGGUCGUUCGUGCUCACGAGCUCCCGCUGAAUCUGCAAUGGUUGUACGACGCAGUUAACUCAGAGCGCGAUCGCCGGAUGAUCUCAGAGAUAAUGGAAAUGUUGUGGGAAGGAGCGAAGCGGGUGGAUCGAGCUUGGACUGACUUCUUCAAGGAGGAUCGCUUCCCGAAGAAGCCACCGGUACGCCAUGGUGAUGGACGAGCUACGAAGAUGCAACAUGGAGUCAACGUUGCCCAAGAUAUCCUGCCGAACUAUAUCGGAUGCACCCAUCCGAAUCACUCUGGCGUCAGACCACACAAGCCGUGUCAAUGGUACUCAAAUUUCUUGGGACGGCGUCAGGUUCCUUCACAAGCGACGAAUGUACACUUCGCCGAUAAGCUCGAAUUGGCCGCUUUCAAUGCCUUUCCUGCUGGAGUCUCCGAGGAUUGGUGGAGCCACCAGUACAUCACGCAAAUAAAUCAACCUUGGGCUUGCGAGCUGCAACCCAAGGAUGGCGAAAAAACACCGUUCUAUGAUGUUUGUCGAUACGCACAUGUCUACGGGCUUGAGCCGGAGUUUCCUUGUUGCACCGUGAACCAUCCAACCGCAUUCCCGAAGCUAGCGAUGAACACAUUUGUAUCCGCAAAGGACGACUCGAAAGACAUGAUCCUCCAUGCAGUACUUGUCGCAGGGCAACUGAGGCUACCAGAUCGCACCAUCACUUGUGAGACGACGUAUCCUUUCGAUCCACUUGUCCUAAACUACACCAUCACAAGUACGAAAGACUUCACACUGGCAGUGAGAGUGCCAGGUUGGUGCAAAGACAAGCCAACUGUGAUCUUUCACAGUAGAAGUACCACCGUCGAUGAUGCCACAGCAGGUCAACUUCGCAUUGAUGUGCCGACUGCAACAGAUUUCCGCAUCCAGGUGUUCCUGAGGGCGGAAGUACAAAUCCAUACUCGGGACGAUGGCACUGUAAACGUUUAUCGGGGUCCUCUGCUGUACGCAUAUCCCAUUGAUUUUCGUCAAACGACCAGAAUGCCGCGCGACUGCAAAGACCAAGUUUCCGACUGCCGCGAAGUGGAUAGUAACAGCAAGGAGGCUUACAUGACCAAAGUGCGCGACCAUGAUCUGCUACCAACAGGACACUGGGGAAUCGCCAUUGACAUCUCUCAGCCCAUCAGAGUCUCUGAGAGGGAGAUGGAGUGCCCGGGUUCAUCAGAAAUGUCGGUGUGGUCAUCAGGAACGAAGGCGACACAUCUUGAAGUCACGGCCCAAGAGAUUAAUUGGCCCGUGGAGAAUGGCACGGCUAUGGAUCCUAGCAAGAUAGAUGCAAACGCUUUGGCGCAAGGUCCUACAUUUGUUACGAAGCUGGUACCUUACGCUUGUGCGAAGUUGCACAUCGCACAGUUUCCGGUGCUACAUGGCUAG